AUGGCGCUAAGAUCAAGCACGACACAAGGCCCGCCAGCAUCAACAGCACGGACGACCUUUGUCUCUCAACCUGGCAGCUCCACGACGGCGGGGCCUUCGCAAGCCCCAGGAACAAGUUCGGGGACCGCAGCGGCCAUGUCGCCAGAACUUGAACAGACGCUCUCCAUGCUCUCUUCGCAUCGGUCUGUACUAGGCUACAUGCUCAUCACGCGGGGACACCAUCCGAGCAUCAUCCGGCACUCGGGGGUCGUGUUCGAGGGCGAACAGGGGAAGAGAUACGCUGCUGCAGUGGCGAGGAUCGUGCAGAGUGUGCAGCAUGGGUUGGAGGAGGUGAGGGGAGAUGACACUAUUGGGCCAGCGGGCGAGGCGGAUGGGGAUGAGGUUAGGUUUAUGCGGAUACGGACAAAGAGACAUGAGAUCAUGAUUUCACCAGAUGAGCGGUAUAUCCUCGCCGUCCUACACGAUCCAGCAACAUGA